CUCUCUCUGAUAUGAGAGAGCAAACUUCAAAGCCCCAAACUUCCUUCCUGCUCAAGCUUUGUUAUUUAUCGCAUCGCGCGGAAGCAUUCAGAGACUAGAAAGAGGGGAUUGGGUAGCGGCGCAGGCGAGGUGACCUCCAGCUCCACGACAGGCUCUCCGCGAUGGGCCAUCCGCCGGGCAGGCACCUCCUCCGCCUCACCAGCCGCGCCGUGCGCUCCUCGGCGGUGCUCGGCGGCGCUGGCGCCUCCAGCUCCAACGCGUCCCCGCGUCCGCGCACCAUGUCCGGCGGCCGGCCCCUGCGCGCCAGCUCGCCGCCCCCGCCCUCCGCGGUCGCCGCUGCCGCGUACUGGGAGUCCCGCGCGCUCCGCCGCGACGGGGAGGAGGAAGGCUGGGAGGAGGUCGUCGCCGGGGGCGAGGGGGCGGCCUCGGGUCCUGGUGAGGUCGAGGAAGAAGAGGAGUAUAGGGUGGUGUUCUGGUCCCCGCCCACCAUAGACGAGGUCACCGGCGCUGUCACCAGCAUCCAACAGGUAUUUGAGAAUCCUUUUGGUGUGGAUUCAAAUAUAACCGAUAGACAAACUGCACUACUGUCCACCUCAGGACAUUCAUCUGGCAAUUCAUCAGGAUCAGAUGACUGGAUUGAACCUGCUGCCUAUGUUCUCAACUCGACUGCUCUUCUUUCAAGGGAACAUAGGAAUGUUUUGGAUGCUUUCCGUCUAUUGCAAAAGGAUCCCACCGUUCAGAAAAUGGUUAUGUCAUUGUCAUGUGAUAAGGCUGUAUGGGAUGCUGUGAUGAAUAACGAAGCAGUUCAAGAUUUCAGGAGAUCCUUACAUGAUGGGAAAGAAAACAAUAGAAAGGGGAACACUGGUGGUCCUGCAGAAGUGCUCAAGUGGAUCUUGGACAGUGCUCAGGGAAAAAUAGUGGAAUUCCUUGAGAAUGUAAUGAAGAUUGUCAACAUGCUGAUCCACCCUCACUGCGAUGAAGAGAAGCCUGAUAUCUACAGUGACACAGUGAAGGCGUCCUUCAUGCUCACAGUGUUCGUUUUCAUUGUGGUGGCCAUUGCUCGUAUCAAUUCUGAACAGUGGGAUUUCAAAGUGUGGUGAUGCAAGAUUCGGGCAUUCUGCAAGCCGGUUGUAUAUGUUUUGUAGAACAUACCAAGCUUCAUAAUUUACGUCUGCACGAAAUUGUACAUUAUUCCUGGGCUGUAUAGUUUGACCCUGGCAGAUCAUGCAAGGGAAUGGUUGUUUUGGGUGAUUCA